UAUAUUUUGUUCUCAUUAUCAGCAGUGUCUUUAUUUACUGACUGUAAGACAAUGUGAGAGCGAUAUCACAAAUGUAAAACUACAACUCCUAGAGUGCAAUAUUUCGAAGCGGAUGUACGUGUUGGAGAAAUUUGGCGCUGAUCUAUCCGGGUACUUCAUUCACUUCUUCCUUUCGCGCCGGUAACUGAAGAGCCGUGCGUCCAUGUGCGCAUUUACUGGGAAUUCAUAGACCACAGAAAUACUGAAUCCGAGCCAUACCAGAUUUAGCUAUGGAUCCUAACGUGUUGAUCGAGGCCCUUCGGGGGACCAUGGACCCAAACUUGCGUGAGGCCGCGGAGAGACAGCUGAACGAGGUAAAAACUUGGGGGUGGUGGUUGUGGCGUGGAUCGGGCCUCUGUUCUGUUGUGUCACACAUCAAGAUGGAAUGGAGUCCUCAUAGCUUGUGAUCAUGGGAGACCAGAGUCGGUCCAGAACUUUGACAGAUCAAAUAUUCUCUUCGACAUAUAUAUUCACCGAAACAUAUCAGACUUUUGACGUUACGGGUGUUAUUUCAUAGUUUCCUAUUAUAUUUUAACGUCAAGAUCGGCGAAUCCACCCCGUAAACCCUCAGCUGGUUCUUUAAAAACGUGCGGGAAGUUAGCAUUAGCUUCCUUGAUAAUUAGCUACUAGCUAGCUACGCAGUAAAAAGCCUUGUUGGACGAUGCUUGCUAGUUAGCUUUUGGCCUAGAUGAUGUAUCAAUGUUUGAAUCGUUGGCAAGACCAAUUAUGCCAUUAUUUAUACCAGUUUUGUCUAAACUAACUAAAUCAUGCGAUCUAGUAUACGAGUGUAACUACCGUUUGCUAAAAGUCCGAAAAUCUUUGUUAGCAAGUUGGCUAAGUGCCUCACGUGUCAGGUGUUUUUUUUUUUACUGCUGACAUUGCCCAGCAGUAGUGCUAACUAGCUAGUCCGUUGAACUUAGCUAACUAAAUAAACUAGUUGGCCAGCCAAAAUGUCACCAAUCGGACAUAUUGACAGGCGUAACAUUAGUUAGGAAAGUAGUUUGAUGAUAAACGCUUGACUAUCAUUAUAAAUGUACGUCUAAUAGGCGAUAGUAGCUGUUGGAUUAUUAUUUAGUUUGCUGGCUUUGCCUUUAAUGAACGUAGCUAACUAGCAAGCUAACUGCUACUUGCUAACUAGCUAGGUAGGUUUGAUUUAUCGAACGCUAGUUAACUUGCAAUACACAACGUAAACAAUAGCAAUCAUUAAUAAUAGUUACGUAUUUAGUAAAGGGUGUAGUAACGGGGCAAACGUGUUGUUUGUACCUCAGUAGUAAAGCCAAAGGGAAAAGCGAAUGUUCGCUAGCUAGCGCUACGUUCCAUCAAUUAAAUUGAGUCAUUCGAUGAGCUGUCCGCGUGCGCAGAUAAUUUCGCGAAUGUUAGCUAACUAUUUUAUUUGCUAAGGUUAUGCGCAACAUGGCCUAUUAUCAUUAUCUAGAUGUCGACUUCAUGUCAAAUGUAUACGUGCCAUAGCUAACUAACAUAUACGGACGGCGUGAAUUCUUGCAUGGUCACAUAGUUAGCUAUGUUUCGCUCGCGACGUGAAAAGCUAGCUAGUAGUAGGAAGUCUCUCUUGGGCAAGUGUCAAGUAUACUCUGGUCUGUUAAUGGCUGUGCUAUCCUUAGAACAAUAGAUGUACGGUGUUGUCGUGAAACUGGGGUUUGAGUGACCUUUAAGUCAAGUUGUUAUUUCUGUGAUAUGUUCAUAUUGUGUGUCAUCAGCUCGAUAACGUAUUAUUAGGUAACUUUAGUUUGAUAAGAGUAGGCCUAGUCAGGCUCAAAAAUAAAAUGUACAUGAACUUCUCCACUCAACAAUCUGAGGUCGUUGUUUUGGUUUUCGUGACAACAGAAUAUACAAAGGCCAGAAUUUAAAUUCACAGAACAAGAAUGUGCUGUUGGAUUGUUUGAUCUGAGUCAUGUUGUGCGGUAUCCAGGGAGAGGUUGCGGAGUGCAUUGGUAUCUACAGGCAAAGGAGGGGAUGAGGCUAUUUUUCCUCGCUUACAUUUGACUCAUCUGGAGCAGUUAAACCUAAACAGUAUUCACUUAAAAUAGCAAGUGAUAGAAGGGGGGGUGGGGCAAAUCAUUGAGACCCAUUUUCAUUCCCUUUAUGUGAUCAAUGAUUCUGGAAAAAGUAUGUUGCACUCUUGUGUGUACUGGAUAUCUUAAGUUUGAUCAUUAUUAGCGAGUGUCUAGAGAAGAGGAGAGGUGACACAUUCACUGUUGAUUGAUUGGAUGCCAACGCUGCAUCAACCUGUUGCAUCAAGGUUUCUUAAACUCUCAUGUGGCAUUCUUAAGUAGCUGUAGUGUAUAAACUGCAGCUAAUGGAGCUCCAUGCCUCAACAUAAUGGUUAGAUGGCAUUACUGUCAUCUUUGGCAUGUAAUCUACUUGGCAAGGAAUAGAGAGGAAUGCCAUGUCACACUUUGCCUACUUGCAAAUAGUACAUGGUAGUCUGAUAGCAAUUCCCUAAAAACCUGACACUGUCUGCAUUAUCCCUAAUUGAGAAUAGUUUAAGUUCAGCCAUUUAGACCUAUACAUCCAAAUGAAUAAAGCAUAUACAUCCAAAUGAACAAGGCAGGCACAGUCAUCAUACCCAGGUAAAAUGGCAAAAUCCUCCUGUUUUUUACUUGAUCUGCAGUUGGUAAGACUGACCCAUGGUUCUUAUUAAAUGGCUCAAGAUGUAUACAUUGUUUGUUUUGCUGAUAUGUAGGUCAAAUACACAUCAGGGUUUGAUAUUCAUGCAUCCUUUUCUGCUUUCAUUUACAGGGUCACACCCAGGUGAAUUUUGUGUCUGCUUUGCUGCAAGUCACCAUGUCUGAUCAGUUGGAUUUGCCCGUCAGACAAGCAGGUGAGUUUUUCAGAGGAUGGGUAGAUAUUAUGAUGAUGUGGGGCGGGGUGGGGUUUCGGGCUCUCUUGCAGAUGGAACUUCACCAGAAGAGUAUCUACACCCGUAGCUCAAAUGAACUGAGCACACUUUCUCAAAGAUGAUCCCUGCCCUGACUGCCACAGCUCCCUCACUGAUGACACCAGUCAUAUUGUGAAAAGACUGACCAAUUUCCCCUGAACUUGUACAUUUGUGCACCGACAUACACACACUAUAGAAAUAUCUGUUUUUUUUGUGGUAUAUUAUGCCAUCUUUAUUAUGCUACCUUUGCAUUGACAUUGAGAUUUCACACUUCUUUUAGUCUGCUAGAGAGCUCUAGUGAAAUCUAUAAUCGCUCGGUCUGGACAUUCUGCCUUGGUACAGCUGCCCUUGUUAUAAAAGAACAUUCCACACGUUUGAGAUGCUCCGUGUGAGGGGCUGUUGAUAGCCUGUCCAUGUGUCACACAUGCUUCUCUGGUAAUGAUGUGCAAUUAUAUGGUAGGAAGAUCUGCUCUUGAUCAGUGGCUCAUUGACUUUUAUUACAUUUAAAAUAUGUGUGCAGUCCUCAAGUGGCUGCCAGACAGAGCCUGUCAUUUUCAACCUGCUGCUAGCCUCCACACUAGCAUAUUCAAUUGUGCUCACUCAUAGCAUCAUGUUCUAACUUCUAUCUUGCAACUUCGUCAGUUCUUCUACAUUGUAGCUUGCUUCAACAACACCAUAGUAAUGUGACAGUCUGGAGAAAAGUCUAACAUGGCAGCAGCCCAUCCUGCCUUAUGCAGUGGGUGCUAAUCUGUGUGCCUCUUGUCAAGCAGAUGACCAGGAACUGGUGUGUUGAGCAGAAAUGCUAUCCUUCAAUCUUGUGAAUGUGCUAUUUGGCCUGCCAUAGAGCCCUGCUGCACCUGACUCUGAUUCAGACGGUUUUGCAUUAAGUGAAUGCAGCUGCAGUACCUGCAGUGGUGGCACGGGAUAGAUCAUAGCUGGCAUGCCAUUGGGUAACAGAGGCUUACACGUUGGCUUGGCACCUGUCCCCAGGAGAGCCACAGGAACUUCCCAUUCGGCACUUUGGCCCGUCGUGCCGUGGUAAUGAGUCUCAUUUGCUGUAAUCUGACACACAAAGGGAGGAGCCAAGCGAUUCCACAGCCAGUUAUCAGCCAGCAGGCAAAUGCCAGGGAUUCCAGAGGGCUUCCCAUAAAGGCAGUGAGUUCAGACCCAGGUCCCUCUCCUAUUGAGGACAAAUGUCCGCCUGCUUAUGACAGAUAAUAGCAUUUUUUGUCAUGGUUUGUUUCUUUUUUCAAACCUGUCAUACUGAUAUUAUAGGCAAUUGCAUUAUUUGCAAUUUCAGGGAUCAUCUAUUCCCUGCCUCAAUGUGUGGUCUAUUGGGAUGUUGAGUAGUGGACUGUGUUGGGCUGGGCAGAGGGGCACAGUAAUGGGGAGGGGAGUACAGUAGUGGGGUUGUGAGGGUCUCGCUGUGUCAGCACUGACUGGCAGGAUUAUGACUUCCCAGCCAGCAGCACGGUGAUCACAUCUGUGUCAGCAGUCUGAUGUCUGAACCCCCCAUCAACCGCCUCGCCUGCCCCUAUUCAACCGCCUCGCCUGCCCCAAUUCAACCGCCUCGCCUGCCCCUAUUCAACCGCCUCGCCUGCCCCCCAUCAACCGCCUCGCCUGCCCCUAUUCAACCGCCUCGCCUGCCCCUAUUCAACCGCCUCGCCUGCCCCUAUUCAACCGCCUCGCCUGCCCCAAUUCAACCGCCUCCCCCUCAGCCCGUCAACCGUCUCACCGUGCCUGUGAGCCACUGACCUCAGAGACACUCCAUUGUUGCUCUGUAGAACAAUUAACACCUGUACUACAAAUUCAGACUCACUGUCUGAGCUACAACACGGGAGGGGGAACCAUUGCAAUCCCCUAACUAAAUUACACUUUUACACCUCUGUUCUAUGACUCACUCAAGGAGUUAGGCCUCUUUCUGCUGCUCUGCUCUGAUUUUAUCAGUUGAAGAUGGAGGCAGAGAUGUGAGCUGUAAUUCUAGGGGGCAGUGGACGGAUGAAUAUUUGAGUGACUUCUUGCUUGGAUGGGGAGUGCUAAUGAACAGGGACAUGCUAUUGUGUUGAGGCUGAGAGGAGAGGUGUGGGCUCUUAAAGGGGCCCAAAAGCACCCCUCUUCCUCACCCGGCCGACUGCUACUCCCUCUCAACCUGAGCACAUGAGAGGAGCCACAGUGAAUGUGCUGGUCAUGGGAUCCGCUGCUGCUGCUAUCUAAGCUGAUGGACUCUUUCACAUCAUCCAAUGUCACACUGACUCACUCUUAACAAUUCAGAGCUCUCCCUGAUGUAAAGUGAUUUUAAAGAGAUGUGGAUAGUAUUGUGCCACUUUAACCAGCUGCAAUUCCAUGGAAAUCCAUAGGAAUUGGAAGGGUUCAAUUUAAACCCCAUGGUCAAAGCAGAUUUUACUUUCAUAUCAUACAAUUUGCAUGAAUUAAAUCUAAGUGGGUGGAAUACCAGCUGUACAUUAAGCCUGCCAUAGAAUUACAUACAGUACAUUCGGAAAGUAUUCAGACCCCUUCCCUGUUUCCACAUUUUGUUACAUUACAGCCUUAUUCUAAAAUUGAGUAAAUAUAAACAUUUCCUCAUCAAUCUACACACAAUACCCGAUAAUGACAAAGCGAAAGUUUCGAAAGUUAUUCAAAUUUUAAAAAAAAACAUAGGGUAUCUAUUCAAACCCAUUGCUAUGAAACUCCUUGAAAUUGAGCUCGGGUGCAUCCUGUGUCCAUUGGUCAUCCUUGAUGUUUCUACAACUUGAUUGGAGAGCCUGUGGUAAAUUGAUUGGACAUGAUUUGGAAAGGCACACACAUCUAUAUAAGGACCCACAGUUGACAGUGCAUGUCAGAGCAAAAACUAAGCCAUGAGGUCGAAGGAAUUGUCCAUAGAGCUCCGAGACAGGAUUGUGUCGAUGCACAGAUCUGGGGAAGUUUGGAACCACCAAGACUCUUCCUAGAGCUGGCCGCCUGGCCAAACUGAGCAAUCGGGGGAGAAGGGCCUUGGUCAGGGAGGUGACCAAGAACCCGAUUGGUCACUCUGACAGAGCUCCAGAGUUCCUCUGUGUAGAUGAGAACCUUCCAGAAGGCCAACCAUCUCUCUGCACUACCCCAAUCAGGCCUUUAUGGUAGAGUGGCCAGAUAGAAGCCACUCCUCAGUAAAAGGCACAUGACCGCCUGCUUGGAAUUUGCCAAAAGUCACCUAAAGGACCCAGACCAUGAGAAACAAGAUUCUCUGGUCUGAUGAAACCAAGAUUGAACUCUUUGGCCUGAAUGCCAAGUGUCACGUCUGGAGGAAACCAGGCACCGCUCAUCACCUGGCCAAUACCAUCCCUACGUUGAAGCAUGGUGGCAGCAUCAUGCUGUGGGGAUGUUUGUCAGCGGCAGGGACUGGGAGACUAGUCAGGAUCAAGGGAAAGAUGAAUGGAGCAAAGUACAGAGAGAUCCUUGAUGAAAACCUGCUCCAGAGCGCUCAGGACAUCAGACUGGGGUGAAGGUUCACCUUCCAACAGGACAAUGACCCUAAGCACACAGCCAAGACAAAGCAGGAGUGGCUUCGGGACAAGUCUCAAUGUCCUUGAGGGGCCCAGCCAGAGCCCGGACUUGAACCAGAUCGAACAACUCUGGAGAGACCUGAAAAUAGCUGUGCAGUGACGCUCCCCUUCCAACCUGACAGCUUGAGAAGAUCUGCAGAGAAGAAUGGGAGAAACUCCACAAAUACAGGUGUGCCAAGCUUGUAGCGUCAUACUCUAGAAGACUUGAGGCUGUAAUCGCUGCCAAAAGUGCUUCGACAAAGUACUGAGUAAAGGGUCUGAAUACUUAUGUUAAUGUCAUAUUUCAGUUUUUUAUUUUUAGUAAAUGUGCAAACAUUUCUAAACCUGUUUUUGAUUUGUCAUUAUGGGGUAUUGUUUGUAGAUUGAUGAGGGGGAAAAAACAAAUCAAUUUUAGAAUAAGGCUGUAACGUAACAAAGUGGAAAAAGUUAAGGGGUCUGAAUACUUUCCGAAUGCACUAUAUAAUCCAUUUUUAAUAGGAUCUCUAUGAAGCCUGUCUUAUGUUCAAACAGUUGAUUGAUUGUCCCCCUCUCCCCUCCCCAGGGGUGAUCUACCUGAAGAACAUGGUGACCCAGCACUGGAGCGAGGGAGACGGCAUCAGCACGGAGACGCCUGUCAAUAACAUUCCCGAGGAGGACAGGCAGUUCAUCCGUGACAACAUCGUGGAGGCCAUCAUCCACUCCCCCGAGCGCAUCAGGUAACCGACCGCCCUGUGGCUGAUCUGCUCACUGCACAGCGCCUGCGGAGGGGGGGGUAGGGGUAGCUCGGAUCAACCAGAUCGUCUUCCAACCUCUUUCUCCUCUCUCUUCAACCCUUCAGAGUGCAGUUGACGACAUGCAUCCACCACAUGAUUAAGCACGACUACCCCGGCAAGUGGACGGCCAUUGUGGACAAGAUUGGCUUCUACCUGCAGUCAGAUAACAGCGCCGGCUGGCUGGGCAUCCUGCUCUGCCUCUACCAGCUGGUGAAAAACUACGAGUAAGGACUCCUUGUUAUAGAGUGACUGUUUGUGUCCCAAAAGGCACCAUUUAGGGAAUGGGGUGCCAUUUGGGACACAGACAGUAUUAUAGAGCUGUUUGCUGUAUCUUCGGGUGGCUGAUGUUUCUGAUUGUGUGUUUGACAGGUACAAGAAGCCGGACGAGCGCAGUCCUCUGGUGGCGGCCAUGCAGAUCUUCAUGCCCAUGCUGAAGGACCGCUUCAUCCAGCUGCUCCCUGACCCCUCCAGUGAAUCUGUCCUGGUGCAAAAACAGAUCUUCAAGAUCCUCUACGCCCUCUUCCAGGUACUACUGACCACAUCCUUCAUUCUCACCGUCUUAGAAGUUAAGUGUAUAUAUUAGUCUGUGUUGAUUGUAGGGUAUUUGUCUAAAUGUGGAUGUAUAGCUGUAGUGUCCAUUUAUUUAGCUACUCCUUCCAUAAUACUGGCUUUGGAGACGGGUCGAUUAUGGUUGUCCUGUAGUCCCACACUGUAAAGCAUGGUUGGCAGCAUAGAGGAGGGGGAGGGCUGAGGACCAUCUGGUCCAAGUGGGCUUCUUCUGCUGGCUGUCAUGUGGGCCACUGGGCAAGACCUGUCCCCCCUCAGCAUGCCAGACUGCACUGCUGUAUAGUGUUUUUUGUCUGUCAAUUGGAACGACAAUUAAGCUUUUUGAAUUGAACGGACGGGAUUUCUCUCCUUUUCUCUGUCCACAGUAUAACCUCCCCCUGGAGUUGAUCAACCGACAGAACCUGACGGAGUGGAUGGAGAUCCUGAAGACAGUGGUGGACAGAGACGUGCCUCCGGUGAGGGCAGAUUUACUGUGGUAGGGCAAGGAGGGGAGCACAAAUAGGUUGACUAUGCAAAUCAAGUAGCUCCCAAACAGAUUAGCUGUAGUUUGUGUGUGCUUUAUUUUAUUGCUGCUAGUUGAAACAAAGCUGAUUGCCACCCCCCUCCUCCCCCGUCUGUGCCUUACAGGAGACCUUGCAGGUGGAUGAGGACGAGAGACCUGAGCUGCCCUGGUGGAAGUGUAAGAAGUGGGCCCUCCACAUCCUGGCCAGGCUCUUCGAGAGGUAAGCCUACUCAACCCACCCCAGCACAUUGUCACUGAUUCUACACUGAGUGUACAAAACAUGAGACUGACCAGGUGAAAGUGAAUCCCUUAAUGAUGUCACUUGUUAAAUCCACUUCAAUCAGUGUAGAUGGAGGGGAAGCGACAAGUUAAAGAGGAUUUUUAAGCCUUGAGACAUGGAUUGUGUAUGUGUGCCAUUCAGAGGGUGAAUGGGCAAGACAAAAUAUUUUAAGUGCCUUUUGAACGGGGUAUGGUGGUAGGUGCCAGGCGCACCAGUUUGAGUGCGUCAAGAACUGCAACGCUACUGGGUUUCUCACACUCAACAGUUUCCCGUGUGUAUCAAGAAUAGUCCACCACCCAAAGGACAUCCCAGCCAACUUGACACAACUGUGGGAAGCAUUGGAGUUGACAUGGGCCAACAUCCCUGUGGAACGCUUUCGACACCUUGUAGUCCAUGCCCCAACGAAUUGAGGCUGUUCUGAGGGAAGGUAUUCCUAAUGUUUUGUACACUCAGUGUAUGUAGCUGAGAGUCACAAAUCUAACCCAUAAAAGCACCAUUAAAUGUUUGUAUACUGAACAAAAAUAUAAAGACAACUUGUAAAGUGUUAGUCCCAUGUUUCAUAAGCUGAAAUAAAAGAUCCCAGAAAUGUUCCAUGCCCACGAAAAGCUUACUUCUCUCAAGUGUUGUUAGUGAGCAUUUCUCCUUUGCCAAGAUUAUCCAUGCACCUGACAGGUGUGGCAUAUCAAGAAGCUGAUUAAACAGCAUGAUCAUUACCUGUCAGGUAGAUGGAUUAUCUUGGCAAAGGAGAAAUGCUCACUAGCAGGGAUGUAAACAAAUUUGAAGAGAGAAAAGCAUUUUUGUGGUUAUGGAACAUUUCUUCAAUCUUUAAUUUCAGCUCAUGAAACAUGGGACCGACACUUCAAAUGUUGGGUUUAUAUUUUGGUUCAGUGUAUAUUAACCUGUGAAAGCCUCUUUCCAACCCCUCCCAGGUAUGGCAGCCCAGGCAACACUACCAAAGAGUACACAGAGUUUGCCGAUCUCUUCCUCAAGGGAUACGCUGUGGCAGCACAGCAGGUGAGCGCCCAAGGCCGCCUCUUGGCUUUGUCUGAGCUGAAAGAUGUGUGCGACGCAUGACUCUGUGAUUGACUGAGGGACAGAAGGUUGCCUUUCAACUGUGUCUGUCUGCCUGGGAGUCUGAUCUCAACCACAGGGAACUGAUCUGUCUGUCUGUGUAGGUGCUGCUGAAGGUCUUAUAUCAGUACAAGGAGAAUCAAUACGUGGCUCCCAGAGUCCUCCAGCAGACACUCAACUAUAUUAACCAGGGAAUCGCACACGCUGUCACCUGGAAGAACCUCAAGCCACAUAUCCAGGGCAUCAUUCAGGAUGUGGUUUUCCCUCUCAUGUGCUACACGGACAGUGACCAGGAGUUGUGGGAGGAGGACCCAUACGAGUACAUCCGCAUGAAGUUUGGUAAGAACCAUUCUUGUUUUUGAAAAGCAGAGAAAUAUUCUGUAGUGUUUGUCAUCCAAAAGGAAUGUCCUGGAAUCAGAGACUCUGCCUGGAUGUGGUCAGUUAAAAGAUGUAACUGUGUAAACCUAUUCUAACAAACCAAUGCAAUGUGCCAUCUGAUCUGCUGACUCUGCUCUCUCUGUCCUGUCUCAGAUGUGUUCGAGGACUUCAUCUCUCCCACCACGGCCGCCCAGACCCUGCUCUUCACCUCCUGCAACAAGAGGAAAGAAGUGAGUUGUGGUUCUGAUGUGAAAGCUGGGGCCUCCUGGUCCUGGCACAGUCAAUAGCCAGCCAUGAUGUGAUCCUGGUUCCAUCCCAAAUGGCACCCUAUUCCCUAUAUAGUGCACUACUUUUUUUCAGAGCCGUGAGAAUAGGGUGGCAUUUGGGACGCACGCCCUGUGUUUUUGCUGGCCUCCCUCCUGCCCUUGUUUAUGGCCCGGCCCACUCCUCCUUCCUGCCCGUCCCUCAUUAGCACCCUGUUGCUCCAACAACAGUACAGAGCUGUUGGAACGGGUCUGUGGACGUGUCGAGCCAGGCGAACACUGGAAAAUAAAGGAGCAUAGCUGAAAGAAAGCAGGACUUUUAGUUGCUCUAACUCCUUAGUCUUUCUGUUCUAAAUGUAAUGUAUUGUUUUAGCAUGGAGGAAGUUAUAUUCCGUUUUGGCUGUGGGUGAACGGUGUGCGUGGUGCCUGUCCAUGUUACGUGCUGCCGUCUGGCUGUGUCUUACAGUCUGUGCGGCGGUGCUCACUCCACACCUGCAGCCAUAGAGCCACUGGAGAUCAUAGUACUGACCUGUGACGUCUCUGACUCCUCACCACGGGCCAGCCUCCAUACUCUCCCACAAACUCUCCUGGGUUACAUCUCAAAUGGUACCCUAUUCCCUACAUAGUGCACUACCCCAUGGGCCCUGGACAAAAGUAGUGCACUAUACAUGGAUUAGGGUGCCAUUUUGGACGUAUCCGAGGUGCUUGAUGUUAAUGUGAAACAGUUAGCCAGGAUACACAGAGAAGCAGCACAUUUGACUGAAUGCAUUUCUUUAUUCUCUAGGUUCUUCAGAAGACCAUGGGCUUCUGUUAUCAGAUCCUUACUGAGCCCACCUCUGACCCCAGGAAGAAGGACGGAGCGCUGCACAUGAUUGGCUCUCUGGCUGAAAUCCUGCUCAAGGUGAUGAACCCUACACCACCUGCUAUCUCCUCUUUUCUUGUUGACCUUUGGUCUGACCAUAUACUCAUCAGAUGAGGUAGCUGACACUGUGUAACUAUGUUACAACUUUGUUUUAUUACUUAUUUAAGUUUAAUUUAUGGAUCCCACACACAUACAUCAAAUACAUUACUGAAAUUCAUGGUUAUUAACAAAAAUGCAUUUCUCUUCCUCCCCCCAAACAGAAAAAGGUCUAUAAAGACCAGAUGGAGUUCAUGCUGCAGAACCACGUCUUCCCUCUGUUCCGCAGUGAGCUGGGUUACAUGAGAGCCAGAGUAAGUGUCACGUUGCCAGAUCAUUCUGACCCAGGGCUCUAGUGGGGAGAAAUGGAGAGCAUGUGUAUCAAGAAUAUUAAUGACAAUGAUUUGGUAAAACACCAGUGCUUUCCCUUACUGCAGUGGCUUUUCACAUCUUGAUAGGUCUAGGUAGAAAUUCUAGAUUUAGGAGAAUUCAGCAACAGUAUAGCCUGUUUGUUUACUGUUCUGCACUGGUUAACUGUAUUAACCACCAUCUCUGGUGUUUCCCCAUAGGCCUGUUGGGUCCUGCAUUACUUCUGUGAGGUCAAGUUUAAGAGUGACCAGAACCUGCAGACAGCCCUGGAGCUGACCCGCCUCUGCCUGAUCAACGACAACGAGAUGCCUGUUAAAGUGGAGGCAGCCAUCGCCCUGCAGGUCCUCAUCAGCAACCAGGAGAAAGGUAGCUAGCUAUCUCCACUGUCAGACUCAGAAACACACAAUAGGUGUAUAUGGAGUAUUUCUCUUUGCUGUAUAACAUUAAAGGUUAUGUUUUUCUUGAAUCAAAAUGAUAUAGCUGAUGAUCACUAAGUGCUCCUCUUCCCUGUUUUUCCUCUUCCCUAGCCAAAGAGUAUAUCACUCCCUUCAUCCGGCCUGUGAUGCAGGCCCUCCUGCACAUUGUGCGUGAAACGGAGAAUGAUGACCUCACCAACGUCAUCCAGAAGAUGAUCUGCGAGUACAGCGAAGAAGUCACCCCCAUCGCCGUGGAGAUGACACAGCACUUGGUGAGGAGUGUGUGUGCUCAGUGCCUGACUCAAUAAAAGGCCCGGAGCAGGAAGUCACCUUCCUUUGAUCAGUUUACAGAUCCGUUUGACAGCCAUGGAGAGAGGAAAUAAGGUCCAAUUACCAUCUCUCCUAGUUCCAUGUUGGUCUGGUCAUAAAGACCCUGCUCUCAGGGAAACCCACUUAUGGCUGUUAUUCCCCUGUCUCUCCCCAGGCUAUGACCUUCAACCAGGUCAUCCAGACGGGGCCUGACGAGGAGGGAGGAGACGACAAGGCGGUGACAGCCAUGGGCAUCCUCAACACUAUCGACACACUGCUCAGUGUGGUGGAGGACCACAAAGAGGUGAGUACAGCCAUGGUGUCCUGUCCAGGGGGUGUACUUGUACAUCAAGCUGCCUCACGCUACGUAAACAGGAUAUGGGCUCCUGCCCUAUUGGCCAUUCUGGUAUUUACUUAGUCAUUCAACCAAACACCCACCCCCUCCCAGCUCAACUCAUAGCGCUGCCUGCCUGCCGACACACUUCCAGCUGCCCACCCGCUCCUGGGAACACACACUGUUCUCUGGCUGUUCUCUCUUCAAAGUGCUUUGCAGGCUGAUGCCUCUAGAAAUAGCACUGUGGCUCUCUGCCCGUACGUCCGCCUAGGCACAGGACCGUGGAUGCUUGGAACCAGCCAGAACAGAAAAUGUUGGUCAACAGUUGGAGUCAUGAGUUAGAUAUAUCUUCUUGGUAUACUACUCUCAUGGUUGUUGACUGUGUAAACUAAAGCGAUCAGCUGUUGAUUUAUGAAGUUGUGUUCAUCAGUGUGCCAAAGGUAUUUGGUUUUCUGGAAAUGACUUGCACAAUGAAAUCCUCAAAUCUACACAGAGUCUUGCAACACCAUGUACGUUCAUCGUGAAUCUCUGUCUCUGUGUGAGUGUUGUGUUCCAGUGCUCUAAUUAAAUGAAUGGGGUUUCUGUUUUAGAUCACCCAGCAGCUGGAGGGCAUAUGUCUGCAGGUGAUCGGCACCGUCCUGCAGCAGCACGUCCUGGGUAUGUCUCCCUUGCUCUUCCUGUCCCACCACAUUCCAACCGGGUCCUCCCGUCUCUGACACGUGCAAGUGGGCGAGGUGCCUAGCGUAAUUUACAUAACUGACUCACUCUGUGGUGUUUUCCUAUAUUUACUGUCUGACACCCUGCCUGUGUUGAUUUUCCAACAGAGUUCUACGAGGAGAUCCUGUCUCUGGCCCACAGCCUGACCUGCCAGCAGGUGUCCCCACAGAUGUGGCAGCUCCUCCCCUUGGUGUUCGAGGUCUUCCAGCAGGAUGGCUUUGACUACUUCACAGGUAUACUGCACACCAACCUGGGACUCUUGACUUUGCCUGUUUGCCGGAAAUUUGACUAUUAUAUAGACACACUCUAUUAAAUGGUGACUCUGUUUCAGACAUGAUGCCUCUCCUUCACAACUAUGUCACGGUUGACACAGACACUCUCCUGUCUGACACUAAAUACCUGGAGAUUAUCUACAGCAUGUGCAAGAAGGUACAGUAACUUACAGCCACUGUGUUUAUGUGUUCACACAUUAUAUUGGAGGUGUGUAUUUCUGCUUGGUGGGAACAGGUUAAUAAUCUGUUCUCCAUGCAGGUUCUGACGGGCGAUCCAGGUGAGGAUCCAGAGUGUCAUGCAGCCAAGCUGCUAGAGGUGGUUAUUCUGCAGUGCAAAGGGCGUGGAAUUGAUCAGGUAAGCGUCUGGCUUCUACACUAAAUCUUGUAUGGCUGCGACUGUAUUAAAUCUUAUUUGAGUGUGUUGAAUAUCAAACUAACCGCUUUUGAGAAGCACUGUACUAUACAUUUACCUUUGCUGUUCUUUGCCGCUCCUGCAGGUUGUUCCCUUGUUUGUGGCGGCUGCACUGGAGAGGCUGACGAGGGAGGUGAAGACCAGUGAGCUGAGGACCAUGUGUCUGCAAGUGGCCAUCGCUGCCCUCUACUACAGCCCCCCUCUGCUGCUCAACACCCUGGAGAACCUGCGCUUCCCAAACAACACUGAGCCCAUCACCAACCACUUCAUCUCCCAGUGGCUCAAAGACGUUGACUGCUUCCUCGGGUAAGACCAUGAAAGAUGCUCACGUUCAAUAUAUUUACAUCUCGUCUGGUUUCUCUGGUCCCCCAUAUAGUUUGAUAUCAAGUAGAGAAAAAACAUGUGCAGUAAGAUCAUAUUUUUAUGUUAUCCCCCCAGGCUCCACGAUAGGAAGAUUUGUGUGCUUGGCCUGUGUGCCCUCAUUGACUUGGAACAGAGGCCCCAGGCUGUCAACCAGGUGGCUGGCCAGCUGCUCCCUGCAGCCAUCCUACUCUUCAACGGCCUCAAGAGGGCCUACGCCUGUCAAGCAGAGAACGAGAAUGAGGAUGAAGAUGAUGAUGAAGAUGGAGAGGAGGAUGAGGAGAAUGGUACAGCAUUUGUGCUGUCCUCUGAACUAAUAAGUCCCAUUGACACUCCCUUAUUUAAUCUUCCUACUACAGUAAAUGGAAUAAGAUACAGCUACAAGGAGCACUUCAUUGGUAGAUGGUUUGAGUUGUUAGUAGAUUGAUCAGUAAUAAAUGAAUCCAUUGUGCCUUUCCUCAGUCGAGCUGGGCAGUGAUGAAGAUGACAUUGAUGAGGAGGGCCAGGAGUACCUGGAGAUGCUGGCCAAGCAUGCAGGAGAGGAUGGGGAUGAUGAGGACUGGGAUGAGGAUGACGCAGAGGAGACUGCACUGGAGGGCUACACCACAGCUGUAGACGAUGAAGACAACCUGGUGGAUGAAUACCAGAUCUUCAAAGCCAUACUACAGAGUAAGGAGACCACCUUUCAGACACACAAAGCUAGUGAUGGGUCGUCAAGUUAAGGACGCAAAUGUGAUAUAAACAAUGAAUAAGUGUUUACUCAAUCAAUAAUAUUACGAAACAUAUUUGUGAGGCCUGUUAUUUACAGUGCAUUAUUAGUACAAGAUCUUCAGUGAUGAUACGAUGACGAGUCGGAACCGGACACUGUCUGUCUGUGGUCACUGGGUCAGGGUCACGUUCUGUGUCUCUGAGUUCAGUUUCCCACAACAGCGUGUUUUUCACUUGAAGACAUCGAGGCAUUUGUCUGAGAAGGGCUAAAAACACAAUCCAAACAAGAUAUCUUGGAUUGAAGACAUUAAUGCAAUAUGUUGCAUUUUUUUAUGCUUAAGUGUAAAUGGUAUCUAAAGGGGAGGGAAAUGUAACUGUUUUUCUCCAACUCAGAUAUCCAGACCCGUGACCCAACAUGGUACCAGGCACUCACACAAACCCUUGAUGAGGAACAAGGAAAACAUCUUCAUGACAUCGGCACACUUGCAGACCAGAGACGGGCAGCACAUGGUAAGUAAAUGUAUCCCUGUCAUACAAUAAUAAGCCAGCUGUUAAUUGGAUUGUUUUAAUUUCAUAGGAAAUAAACACUUUCCAUUGUGUUUGGCAUGUUGUAUAAUUGCCCUAUUUUCUUCUCAUUCCAGAAUCCAAAAUGAUCGAGAAGCAUGGCGGAUACAAGUUCACAGUGCCAGAAGUGGUGCCAACUAAUUUCAAUUUUGGAGGCAACGCUCCAGGAAUGAAUUGAGUCAUCCCUUCUCCCUUUUAUUACUCUGACUGAUUGUAGUGAAGUGAAAAAAGCUUGUGUUGUUCCCUUAAGUAGUGGUUCCAGAACUGGUUCUUCUCACUGACUCUUCAAUCUGACUAUCAAAUUGGAAAUAGCACCAGAAGAAGUGGGAAGGCAACCAAAUGCAACAAAUGGCUGGGAAAACAAACCAAGAACUUGAGCACGAAGCAAGAGAAAAAAGAAGCUCUGAACAACAUUGUCUUCUGGGAUCCAAUGUGGAGGAGGAUACUAUGACGGAACUCUUUUUUUCUUCCCACUUAAACAAAACGGGAGGGCUUAACAAUUUGAAAUUGAUAAUGGGACUAAAUGUUUCAUCAUUUUCACUGUUUUGGCCAAAAGGCUGUGCGUGAUAAGAUUAUACCUCUGGCAGUAGUGUUGUCUACGUUAUUUUCUGCAUUAACAAAUUCUCAUGUUUGUUAUGUAUAUACAAGCCAAGGUUCUUGAUUUUUAAGUAGCCUUGCAAAAACAACCAGAGGCAUUUGUAAGGUGUCAAGUGUAUUCAUAUGUAGCAUAUCGGAUACUUCAUAGCACUAUGUGAUGCCUGAUCUCUGUAAAUUAAUGACUAGCACUUUCAUAUUGUUCAGGUCUCCUAGCCUUCUGUAUCAGACUGCAAUUUUUAAAUCAAGUAAGACCAUUUAAAACGCAAACCGCUGUAACUUUGUUACUGUGCAAACGACUUCUCCCAGCCUGUAAUGGGUGAUUGUCACAUGUAUUGGUUACGGUGUAGAAAAAUGGGUGGCAUCACUUUGCUGCUAAAGUGGAAACAUUCUAGAUUCCUGAAAAAAUAGAAGGCUCUUGGUGUUCAGGUUGGAUACAAGACAUGUUGUGAGCACUGAAAGUCAAUUGGAUACUUCAUUGAAGCAUGUACAAUUGGACUUGAUCGUGAAGGUCUCAAGCAUUUGGUUGGUGUAUGGAUGAACCAUAUAUAUAAAUAUACACACAACAACAUUAAAAAAAGUUUCGUUGGAUUGCAUGCAUUUGACUGUUUACUACCAUAACUACACACUUACACUUGUGCACUCAGUAAUUUGAUUUGGAGGCUAGAUUUGAGGGGGAAUGUCUGUAUAUCUGUCGGAUCAGGUGAUGUGUAAUCUAUUGAGAACUAUGGACAACUAAUUAUAAUUCUAAUCCAUAUGCUACUAUGGGUUCGAAGGGUCGCAUGUCCUCCUUGGCAGUUGAUCACUAACACCACUUAGCUUUACGGUGUCUACAUUAUUAGUGACCGAUAUGACUGCGUACUGCGCAGCAUGAUAUAGACGAACUAAAACGUGGCUAUAACCUUGCUUCAAACUGCAUAUCGUUACCCUGGAUCUGGGUAGUUUCAUUUAACAGACACUGCUGGCUGUCAAUGUAUAUAAAAUGCAU